GUUUCAUUCCGAUAUCAAUCCCAUAUGAUAAUCAUCAUCAUCAUUAUCAUCACGAGGAAGAUUUAUCCACCAAUAAUCAUAAUGGUAUAAUGACAAAUUAUGAAAUGAUACCGAAUACAUCAUCAUCCGCAUCGUCCGCAUCAUCGUCGUCAACGGAUGAAAAUAUUGAACAACCAUCGGCGACAACGAUUAUGCAUCGAUGUUCAUCUAAAUAUAAAUUAAUGACAAAAUUAAGUGAACAUAUUACAAUUGAAAAACAUGAUUAUACUACCGAUAUAUAUCAUAGAAUUAAACAUAAUGCAAUUUGUAAAAAAACAAAAACAUUAUUUAGUAGUAGUAGUGAAAUGACAAAACAUUUUCAAAUCAAUGCACAUCAUGAUAUUGAUCAAUCGAAUCGUCAUAUUCAUAAUCAUCCAUAUCAUGAAUAUCAUUAUAAUCAAAAUAAACGUUCGUCGAAUAUCGUCGUCAAUAAUAAUGAAUACAAUAACAAUACGGUGAGCAGCAAUAAAACAAACAGGACAACGACUACGACGACAACGAAUAACAUUUGUUAUCAAUUAGUAAAUAAAUAUAAUUUAUGUUUUAUAUGUGGGAAAAAUUAUGCACGACCAUCAACAUUGAAAACUCAUCUACGAACACAUUCGGGUGAAAAACCAUUUAGAUGCCAGGUAUGCAAUAAAGCAUUUUCACAGGCGGCCAAUUUAACUGCACAUAAUCGUAUACAUACAAAAGAAAAACCAUUUCCAUGUCCAAUUUGUCAACGUAAAUUUUCACAAUCAUCAUCGGUUACAACACAUUUACGAACACAUACAAAAGAACGACCAUAUAAUUGUCAUUAUUGUAGUAAAUCAUUUUCCGAUUCAUCAACAUUAACUAAACAUAUGCGAAUACAUUCGGGUGAAAAACCAUAUAGAUGUCGAAUGUGUUUAUUAAGUUUUUCACAAUCCGGAAAUCUAAAUCGUCAUAUGAGAAUUCAUAACUGAAAACAUUCGAAAUGAAAAAAGAAUGGAUUUUUUUAAACAAUCGAUUAAUCGAUGAUCAACAAUCGAUUGUUUUGUUUAUGUU